AUGUUUUCAAACCACGCAAUAAGGGUGCUCUCGGUUGAGAUCCCCUUGACAGAAUGUAGUUUGUUGAAGUUCAAGUCCAGAUCCGUCAACAUCGGAAACCACUUGCCCAGGUCGGGCAACGUUUCCAGACCCAUAGCCGACAGGUUCAGCACCGUCACGUUUGUCAUGGCACCUUUGGACGGGAAAACACUCCCACUCAAACUCAGUUUUUGUAGCUUGUACAGCCCGGAAACCAGAAUUCCGUCUAUUGCGUGCGAAUGGUAUUUGGCAGAGAUCUGCACGACUUUGGUAGGAACGUUCUUGAGCUCGAUAACAGGGUUGCGGUCGAUCUUGAACACGCGCAGCUCGGGCAUCCCUUGGAGAUCGAUCUCCGAAAUAUUAUUAAAGUUGAGACUCAGUUUCCGCAACGAGCUGUUGGUGCAAUGGAAACUAGUCAAUUGGUUUCUGUUGGCAGACAGUUCGGUCAAUCGGGCAAGCUCGUCGAGUCCUGUGAGUUGGACAAUCGCGUUCUCAUCAACGUCGAGUUUCUCGAGCAGUUCCACAGACGAGAAAUUCACCGUCCCGCGAAGAUUGUUGCCUGCUAUUGUUAGACUCUGGAGCAUCUUGAAGUUCUCCAGCCCUUGUAAAGUGUCUAUUUCGUUGUACGAGACGUCCAGCGAAUUCAGAUUGUAG